CGUAAUCAUCGACUGACAUUGACACCUUGCAGACACCUACAUAUCCCGAUAUCCGUAGGAUCUCUCGGUACCCUCGCUGUGUUCCGUCUGGCUGUGCAUGUAUUUCUUCUUUUUCUCUUCUUCCUUGUGUCUCCAAGUAUCUUCCUCGUCGGUUUUAUUGUUUCCCACGAGUUCACCUUCUUGAUGGCAUCUCCCGAGUCAAAGUCGCCCGAACAAUCCGAGAGGAAUCGAAAAUACGACAGGCAGCUGAGAUUAUGGGGCGAUCACGGUCAAGCUACGUUAGAGGCGGCUCACAUCUGCGUUAUAAAUGCCACCGGACUCGGCACGGAAAUACUCAAGUCGCUGGUACUUCCUGGCAUAGGAGCAUUUACCAUAGUCGAUGGCAAGAAGAUCACCGAUGAGGAUAUCGGAGCCAACUUUUUUCUAGAAGCAGAUAGCGUUGGGAAAUCCAGAGCUCAGAUAGCCACUCAAAUGCUUUUGGAGAUGAACCCGGACGUAACGGGCGAUUACAUCGACGAAGAACCAGAACAAAUAUUGGCCAAUAGCCCGGAUUUCUUCAAUAAUUUCACUGUGGUCGUGGCAACUGCGCUCACCGAGAAAACAUUGAUUCUUCUGUCGAAGAGACUUUGGGAACUAGAUAUUCCUCUGAUAGUAUGUAGAAGUAUAGGAUUUAUCGGAUACAUGCGAAUUCAAAUAAAGGAACACACAGUCAUAGAAACUCAUCCGGACAACGAAACGGCAGAUUUACGUUUAGACAGACCGUUUGAGAGUCUGAAGAAACACUUGGAUUCGAUAAAUCUGGACGAAAUGAGCUUCAAGGAUCACUGUCAUGUACCAUAUCUAGUUAUCUUGUACAAAUACUUAGAGAAAUGGAUUUUGGAGAACAGCGCUCUGCCGAAAACUUACAAGGAUAAGCAGAAACUCAAAGAAAUGAUAAAGAACGGCAUGAGACGCGACGAGCACGAUUCGUCCAAUAGCGAGGAUAAUUUCGAAGAAGCUAUGAAGGCUGUAAAUACAUGUAUAAAAGCAAGCGACAUCCCCGAUAGCGUAAUAAACAUUCUGAACGACGAUCGUUGUGUCAAUCUGACUGCAAAGAGCAGCCCUUUCUGGAUUAUCGCGAAAGCGGUGCGCGAUUUCGUUGAUAAUGAAGGUAGGGGAUUGUUACCACUUAAAGGUACUCUACCUGACAUGACUGCGGACACCGAAAAAUAUGUUGCGCUCCAACAAAUUUAUUAUAAACAAGCAUCGGCAGAUGUGGAAGCCGUCUGGCGACGUACUUUGCAAUUGCUACGACAAUUGGGAAGAUCGUCAGAUUCGAUUUUGGAAAAAGACGUGAAGCUGUUCUGCAGACACGCAAGUGACAUUUACGUCGAAAAAGGAAGCUGCAUUGCAGACGAAUACGAUCCCAAGAUUUUUGACACUAAUAUCAUAGUUCAAAAUUUGGAGAAUCCGGAGAGUAUGAUGAUUUAUUACGUGAUGCUCCGAGGAGUGGACAAGUUUCAGACAGAAUAUAAUUCAUAUCCCGGUGAAUUCGAUGAUCAGGUGGAACCGGACAUCGUAAAGCUUAAGACGUGUCUCUCAAAACUAUUGAAUGAGUGGGGAUGCGGACCGUUGGCCAAAGACGAUUACGUGCACGAGGUUUGCCGAUUUGGCGGUGCGGAAUUGCAUUCAGUCUCGGCAUUUCUUGGUGGUCUCGCGGCCCAAGAAACCAUAAAACUUGUGACAAAUCAAUAUAAACCCGUCCACAACACUUUUAUCUACGACGCCGUUACGUCAAAUUCUGGGACAUUUUUUUUCUAAAUCGCGAAUUAUAUAUAUGUGAAAACAAACUAUACUGAUAAAAAGUCAUAAUAUACAAAUUUUCCACGCAGCUUAUUAGAACUUGAAAUUCUUUACUAUAAUUUCAGAUAACAUGAUGUCUCUGAAAUCUAGUUUGUUCUUGUUUAUUGCGUUUUUUAUAAAAAAAAAAGUUAAUGUGAUAAUAAACACUCGUAAUUCUUUAUAUAUACAAAAGUUAUAAC